AUGCUAUUCAAACAGCAGGUGUGGCUGAGACAGAAGCUCCUGGUGCUCGGAAGCCUUGCGGUUGGGAGCCUCCUGUAUCUAGUUGCCAGAGUUGGGAGCUUGGAUAGGCUCCAGCCCAUUUGCCCUGUUGAAAGUCGAUUUGGUGGUGCCCACAACCAGGCUGAGUUCCCACUCCGAGCCCUGCAGUUUAAGAGAGGCUUACUGCAUGAGUUCCGGAAGGGCAACACUUCCAAGGAGCAGGUUCGUCUCCAUGACUUGGUCCAACAGCUCCCUAAAGCUAUUAUCAUUGGGGUGAGAAAAGGGGGCACAAGGGCCCUGCUAGAGAUGUUGAACCUUCAUCCCGCGGUGGUCAAAGCUUCCCAAGAGAUCCACUUCUUUGACAAUGAUGAGAAUUAUGCCAAGGGCAUUGAGUGGUACCGGAAAAAGAUGCCCUUUUCCUACCCUCAACAAAUCACAAUUGAAAAGAGCCCGGCAUAUUUCAUCACAGAAGAAGUUCCGGAAAGGAUUUACAAGAUGAACUCAUCCAUCAAGCUGUUGAUCAUAGUCAGGGAGCCAACCACAAGAGCGAUUUCUGAUUACACUCAGGUGCUAGAGGGGAAGGAGCGGAAGAACAAAACCUACUAUAAGUUUGAAAAGCUGGCUAUAGACCCUAAUACCUGUGAGGUGAACACGAAAUACAAGGCGGUUAGGACCAGCAUAUACACAAAACAUCUGGAGCGCUGGCUGAAGUACUUUCCCAUUGAACAGUUUCACAUCGUGGACGGGGACCGUCUCAUCACAGAACCUCUGCCAGAACUACAGCUGGUGGAGAAGUUCUUGAACCUUCCGCCGAGGAUAAGUCAGUACAAUUUAUAUUUCAAUGCUACCAGAGGGUUUUACUGUUUGCGAUUUAACAUUAUCUUUAAUAAGUGCCUGGCGGGCAGCAAGGGGCGCAUCCAUCCAGAGGUAGACCCCUCCGUCAUUACCAAAUUGCGCAAAUUCUUUCAUCCCUUUAAUCAAAAAUUUUACCAGAUCACUGGGAGGACAUUGAACUGGCCCUAA